UCCCAGGCGGCGCACGGGAACAAUGCCGCUCGCCGGGAGCCGCGGGGCUCCCUGAUUGACAGCCGGGCCGUCCUAAAAAAGAUGGUUAUCGUGGGGUUUAUAUAGCGGGGAGGGAGCGGGGCGGGCGGGGCCGGCGCUGAUGCUCGGGGGGCAGCGAGAGCCCCGCGGCCGCCGAGCGCCCGGCCAUGCACUGCCCGCAGCAUCCCGGCCGAGCCCGGGCAGGCAGGAGGCGCUACAAGACCUUCAUGAUCGACGAGAUCCUGGCCAAGGAGACCUGCGAUUACUUAGGAAAACUUUCCCUCGGUUCCGUUUGCCCAGCGCUGCUCGUGCGUCCCAAACCGCUGCACUCCUGCGCCGGGUCCCCUUCUCUGAGGGCAUACCCGCUCAUCUCCGUCAUCACUAGGCAGCCCUCCGUGGUCCCUCACCUCAUCCCAGCUGCCACCAGCUCCCGCGUGCUGCCGCCCCAGCCGUCCUCAGGGAACACAAGCUCAGAGACACCUGCCAGUGAGACCCAUGCCAGCAGUGAGUCGGAGGCAGAGCAGCCCACGCCUCGGUUAAAAAAGCCACGCCGGAGUAGGACCAUCUUCACGGAGCUCCAGUUGAUGGGGUUGGAGAAGAAAUUCCAGAAACAGAAGUAUCUCUCUACCCCUGACAGGCUUGACUUAGCCCAGUCACUGGGGCUGACGCAGCUCCAGGUGAAGACGUGGUACCAGAAUCGUAGGAUGAAGUGGAAGAAAAUGGUACUGAAAGGUGGACAGGAAGCUCCAACAAAGCCCAAAGGCCGUCCAAAGAAGAACUCUAUUCCCACUUCGGAGGAAAUCGAAGCAGAAGAGAAAAUGAACAGCCAGGCUCAGAGCCAGGAGCUGGAGGGAUCUCAAGCCCCAGAGGAGCCUAAAGUGACAGAGGAGAAGCCAAAAGUCUCUUUGGAGACAGAGAACCCUCCAGAACAUAUACCAGAGCCCUCCUCAGAGGAGACUAUGCAAUUAAGUUAAAAGGGAAAGAAAGAGGGUGAAAGGAAAGCAAAAAAAAAAAAAAGAUAGAAGAGGAAAACCAAACCCAAAUAUAUAUAUAUAUGUGUAUAUAUAUAUAUAUUUAAAUAUGUAUGUAAUUGUGUGCGUGUACAUAUAUAUAUAAAUAUAUAUAUAUAUGUAGGCCUUGUGUAUAAGUCUAGAGAUUGCUCACGUUGUGCCUUUGGGAAUGAGCCAUCAUGGGCCAUGGUGGAACAAAGACAUCCUGCAUAAGUGGUGACAGCCCGUCCCUCCGGCGGCGUGUGUACACCUUCCCACUGAGAGCAACCGGACGUUUCCAGACAAAACCACUUCUGUGCACCCAAGACAGCUCCUGGCAAGAAGAGGAGAAGUCGAGGGCUCCUUUCACACCACAGGAAGCAAAUGCUGAUGU